AUGGCGGCUCGGCGAGUGAUGUCUCUUCUGGCUGCGAAGAUUUCGCAAAACCCUCUCUCUAGAGAACUCUCCCGGAACUUCUAUCCUUCUCCAAGCUCAUUCGCCUGUAGCUAUCAACUUUGCACCAGAGACUUUAGCAUCGGCUCCGAAGCCAACACUCAACCCGUUGAAAAUCAGGCCAAACCCGAAAUUCCCAGCUUGAACACCAGCUUGGGUUCGGAAAAAAACAACCAGACUACUCACGUAAAGCUCAACGUGAAUUCCAACCUGAAGGUGUCCGAAAGACACGAUCUUGCCAUGCUUUUCACAUGCAAAGUCUGCGAGGCACGAUCGCUCAAGACCGCGUGUCGUGAUUCGUACGAGAAAGGAGUAGUUAUUGCCAGGUGUGAUGGCUGUGGCAAUUUGCACCUUAUUGCCGAUCGAUUGGGAUGGUUUGGGGAGCCUGGCAGUGUAGAGGACUUUUUGGCUGCCCGUGGGGAGGAAGUGAAGAAAGGUUCGCCUCAUACCAUGAAUAUUACGCUUGAAGAUCUUGCUGGCAAGAAAGAAACUUAG